UUACUUCACAGCACCAUGAACACCUUGUUUGUCGUCACCCUCGCCUCCCUGGCGGCUCUCACCGCCGCCUCCGGCAUCCACGGCAUCGGCGGCGCUGUGGUCACCGGCCCCGCUGGCGUAGUAACUAAUGCCGGCCCCAUCGGGCCCACGGGCCCCGCUGGUGUCGGGUUAAUCCACGGAGGAGUACUCGGUGGCGCCGGUUUAGUCCACGGAGGCGCCAUCGCCGCUAACGCCAUCGCCGCCAACGCCAUCGCCGCCAACGCCGUCGCCGCCAACGCCGUCGCUGCCAACAACAUCGCAGCCAACGCUGCCGCCGCUAACGCUAUCGCUGCCGCUAACGCUCGUGCUGUUGCAGCUAACACCAUCGCCGCCGCUAACGCUCGUGCUAUUGCAGCUAACGCUGUGGCCGCUCGUGUCGCUGCAGCUAAUGCCAUUGCUGCCGCCCCCGCUCUGGCUGGCGCUUACAUUGGUGGUCCCGCUAUUGCCGCCCCCGCUCUCGCUGUUGGACAUGGACUCGGUGCCGUUACCGCCGGGGGUGGCACCAUUGGAGUUAGCGCCGGAGGGGCUACUGUACGCGGACCCCCCACUGCCCCAGUGGUGGUGUCUGGACCCGCUGGGAAAGUUGCCGCUGAUGGGCUCUGGGGACCUACGGCCAUUGUGGGACUUACUGGUGGUCAUGGUAAAGGGUGGUAAAGCCUGGAACUUGACGGAUUGAGGGUUUUGGCUUCUUGGUGACAACAUCUGCCUCGUUUUAUGUAGGACUGUUUGUAUAUUUUUGUACUUAUUUAUUAUACUUUUUAAUUGUGAAUA